GCAAUCGCUAAUGAAGCUCCUUUCUCUCGAUCUAGAGUGAUUGUUUUUAAAUAGAGGAAAAAAAAAAAAAAAAAAACAAAAGUAGAGAGAGAGAUGGUGAAGAUCACAGGCGUCAAAGCUCGGCAGAUCUUCGACAGCCGCGGAAAUCCCACCGUCGAGGUGGAUGUUUGCACCGAUAACGGCAUCUUCGCCAGAGCCGCGGUGCCCAGUGGGGCAUCAACUGGGAUUUAUGAAGCAUUGGAACUAAGAGAUGGAGGAUCUGACUAUCUUGGUAAAGGUGUCCUGAAGGCUGUUAAUAAUGUGAACACUAUCAUAGGACCCGCCCUAAUUGGGAAGGAUCCUACAGAACAGACUGAGAUUGAUAAUUUCAUGGUGCAGCAGCUUGAUGGAACCUCCAAUGAGUGGGGCUGGUGCAAACAAAAGCUCGGUGCAAAUGCUAUUCUGGCUGUGUCACUUGCUGUAUGCAAAGCAGGCGCUGCCGUGAAGAAGAUUCCUCUUUACCAGCAUAUUGCUAACCUUGCUGGAAACAAGACCUUGGUGCUGCCAGUACCGGCAUUUAACGUUAUCAAUGGAGGAUCACAUGCUGGAAAUAAGCUUGCUAUGCAGGAGUUCAUGAUCCUUCCUGUUGGGGCUUCCUCAUUUAAAGAGGCCAUGAAGAUGGGUGUGGAAGUGUAUCAUAAUUUGAAGGCUGUGAUUAAGAAGAAGUACGGGCAGGAUGCUACUAAUGUUGGUGAUGAGGGAGGCUUUGCUCCUAACAUUCAGGAAAACAAAGAAGGCCUUGAACUACUGAAGACUGCUAUAGCAAAAGCUGGUUAUACUGGAAAAGUUGUGAUUGGGAUGGAUGUCGCUGCUUCAGAGUUUUAUUGCGAGAAGGAUCAGACUUAUGACCUUAACUUCAAAGAGGAGAACAAUGAUGGCUCACAGAAAAUUUCUGGAGAUAAAUUGAAAGAUCUCUACAAGUCCUUCGUAUCUGAGUACCCUAUUGUAUCCAUCGAAGAUCCAUUCGAUCAGGACGAUUGGACCCACUACGCCAAGCUUACGGAGGAAAUUGGACAGCAAGUGCAGAUUGUUGGUGAUGACCUUCUCGUCACAAACCCUACGAGGGUUGCCAAGGCAAUUAGUGAGAAGACAUGCAAUGCACUUCUCUUGAAGGUGAAUCAGAUAGGCUCCGUGACAGAGAGUAUUGAGGCUGUCAAAAUGUCCAAGCGUGCCGGAUGGGGUAUCAUGGCAAGCCACCGAAGUGGUGAGACAGAAGAUACCUUUAUUGCUGACCUCUCAGUUGGUCUGGCAACGGGACAAAUUAAGACGGGAGCUCCAUGCCGUUCUGAGCGCCUGGCCAAGUACAACCAGCUUCUUAGGAUUGAAGAAGAGUUGGGCGACGCGGCGAUCUAUGCAGGAGCCAAGUUCAGGGCACCUGUGGAGCCGUAUUAGGAGAUUCGUCGAGCUCUUGCGGAAACUAUUUUGUCACUUUCGGCCGUCGUUUUUCCUAAUAUCUUUGUUAGCUGGAAAUGCUUUGUGUGAGUGUUUAUAAUAAAUGAUAGCUUAUCUUAUUGCAGUCCAAACUGCAGGAUAAGUUGCCAACCUUUGUAGUUGGGGAUGUUGCUCUUUUAGUUUGAAACCCUUUAAUUUGUGUAAGCUCCUUUUGACCAUGUGGUGGUGAUGUAAUUUAAUGUUUAAUGAAUCUGGACAUCUUAAAUUACCGUUUUGUGACGGGUUUAGCUA